GAGACACAUGUUCUUUGCUAUGUGGCUGCGGUGGUGCGAGCGCUGACCUCACCGAAUUUUGUUAUUUAGCCUCCGGUGAAUCGCAGGCAAGUCCAUUGCAGUACAAACCGCGGAGUAUCAGUCGCUCGCCACUCCUGCAGCCACAAGCCAGCCCUGCGUCGACCCGGGGACCAUGCUUGCGUUGUGUGCCGUACGCGUGGUGACCCGCUGGUCAGUGCGCCGAUGCAUUCUCAUGGCGACAGCGGCGAGGCCGAGCACAGCGAGGUCUCUGGCCACGGAUCGAUGUGCGUUGUUGCUCCGCGGUCAUGCUCCCUCCCUGUUGACAGCUCGCACCGUUCCGUGCUUGCAGCCCCUGAGGAGCAAGUCCAAGAAAGCGAAGAGCAAGGCACCUGUCGCCCAGGAUGAAGAAGAGGAUGAGGACGAGGAGGAGGAAGCAGGGAGCCAGGAGGAAGGAGACAAUGAGCGGCUGGUCUUUGUGAGCUCACUCCGCAUAGACAGCAUUAUGAAAGCUGGCGUCAACAUGUCCAAGACGAAAGUUCUCGAGAGCUUCUACGAUGGCAGCAUACGCCUAAAUGGCCAGAAGGUCCCCAAGAAGAGCACCCAGGUUUCCAUCGGUGACGAGGUCGACCACGUGCUGGGUUUCAGUGCACAAAAUCCGAACUUGAUGGAAGUCGACCGUGUCACUCUGCUGGCCACGCAUCACGACCGUGUGACAGACAAAGGUCGAUUCCAAGUGCGGCUACGGUGCCAACGACGACUUGUGAUUGAAAAGUACGCAGACGAAGACUGAAUAAGAGACUGCGCCUUCCCUCUUAGUCAACUGGUGUUGCCAGCCUACCACUAACAUGCCAAGUCUGGAACUUGCAGCGACAUGAUGGCAAGCACUAUGUCUGAUUACAGGCCAUGAUUGAAAAAGCCACUGAACAGAUGUUGGAACUUGGUUGUAGUUUGGCUAUAAGUAGUAAAACAAGUUGCUUAACUGCCA